UUGAAGAAACAGUAGUCUUCAUCCAAUAAUGUUUCCUUACCACCAAAGCGAUUAGGUGGUGUGGCAAUUCUCAUCCAUUCCCCACCAAGAAGAUCGAAUGCCACAAUAUCAAGUACCGGAUCAAUGCCUCACGCAUCAAAUAUUAGAGAAUGAUGAAGCAAAUACUAUUAUUAAUAAGAAGAUCAUGCGUAGGGACACUGAAAGACAAAGAAGAAAGAAAAUGGCCAUUCUUAAUGCAUCACUUUGGUCACUGCUCCCUAUGGAAAUGAUUAAGGGGAAGCGCUCGGUAUCUGAUCACACAAACGAGGCCAUGAACUAUAUUACAUACCUGAAGAAUAAGAUCCAAGAAUUGAGUGUGAGGAGGAAUGAGCUUAAAAAUUUAUCUAAUUUGAGUGUUGUAGUCCAACCUUGUUGUGAUGGGGUGCAAAUUUUAGUAACAACCAAUGUCAAUGAAGGUUUGCUUCUAUCGGAAGUGCUUGAAAUCUUGCUCAGAGAAGGACUUGAUGUAGUUCACUGUUUUUCGAGUAGAGAAAAUGAAAGGUUAAUUUACUCUAUUCAAUCCAAGGGCAAUGAUUUGGGAUGCCUUGAUCUAUCUGGGCUGCAACAGAAAUUGAAUGAUCUUAUCUUAUCAUCGAGAUACAUCUGAAAGUGACAUUGUAUCCACUGGCUGAGAACCACUCCCUUGAUCUGAACCCUAAACUUGGUUAACUCAUUGAAAGUAUUUGAAUUUUCACAUCUUUUUAAGGGUUUUUCUUUUGUGAAGAAAUUCAAUGGAAUCUUUAAAUUAAGUUGGAGAUAUCUUGUAAAACUUUUUAGAAACUGUUUCUAGAGGAAUAGUUCAGCUUCAUCUAGAAAAUAUGCAGUUGGCAUAAUAAUUAAUUAGCUUAUUGGCUAUCAUUUCAAGAGCUCA